AUGCCGAAUUUCCGAUUAUGCAAAUUCAGGAGUCUCAUUGAGUUGGGUCUCCAAGGAAAUCAAUUUUCUGGCCCUCUUUCGGAAUGUAUUGGCAACUUAACCAACCUCCAAGUUCUUGAUCUGUCAUUCAAUCAGUUGAGUGUCAACUUUCAAUCUGUUGUUUCUAAACUCACAUCCCUCAAGUAUUUGCUUCUUUCUGGUAAUGAGUUUGAAGGCUUAUUCACAUUUAGCACUUUGGCUAACUACUCUAAGCUUGAAGUGUUUCUACUCUCUUCGGGAAGUAGGAGGUUAGAAUUGGAAACAGAAAAUCCUACAUGGUUUCCUACAUUUCAACUCAAGUACGUUGACUUGUCCAAUUGCAACUUAAAUGUGAGAACUAGAGCAAUUCCUAGCUUUCUUCUCUACCAAUAUGACAUACGCUUCGUUGAUCUCUCUCACAAUAUGCUGUUUGGGACAUUCCCCUCUUGGAUCUUGCAAAAUAACUCCAAGUUAUAUGUUAUGAAUUUGAUGAAUAACUCAUUCACAGGAACUUUUCAUCUACCAAAUUAUAAGCAUGAUUUGGUUAAAUUUGAAAUUUCGAGCAACAACAUCACUGGUGUGCUGCCUAAGGAAUUUGGUUUGGUCCUCUCAAAUCUACUCUAUGUAAACAUGUCAAGAAAUAAUUUCAGCGGUAAUGUUCCUUCUUCAAUUGGUGAGAUACGAGGACUAUAUACUCUGGAUUUAUCCCAUAAUAAAUUCUCAGGAGAGUUGCCAGGAAGUCUGUUUGCAAAUUGUACCCUUAAUUGUACAUUGAUUCUAUCAAACAAUAAUUUUCAGGGGAACAUAUUUCCUCAAAAUAUGAACUUGAGAGACUUUAUGACAUUGGAUAUGAAAAACAACAACUUCAGUGUGAUGAUAGGCGUAGACUUCUUGGACAGCUCCUCCCUAUCUUUUUUGGACAUAUCUAAUAAUAAGGUAUCAGGUCUAUUUCCCAGACAACUAUGUAAUAUGAGUAGUCUUGAAUUUUUAGACCUCUCAGACAAUGGGUUAUAUGGGCCUAUGCCUUCUUGCUUCAAUGCUUCAUCAUUGCACUUUCUGUUUUUACAAAAGAACAGUAUAAAUGGAUCCAUACCCCACGUGCUUCUUAGAAGUCCUGAUUUAGUGGCACUUUAUCUGAGGGAUAAUAGUUUUUCUAGAAAUAUUUCGUCUUGGAUCAAUCAGCUCUCCAAAUUGCGUGUGCUUUUAUUGGGAGGCAAUGACUUGCAUGGCAGUAUUCCUAAUCAGUUGUGUGAAUCAAGAAAUGUGAGGAUCAUGGAUCUUUCAAGUAAUUUGCUUUCAGGAAUAGAUUUAUCAUGCAAUGAGUUAAGUGGUAGAAUUCCUCAAGAAAUUGGAGACCUGCAUGGAAUUCGGUCAUUAAAUUUGUCUAACAAUCACCUAACAGGAUCUAUACCAGUCCGUUUUUCAAAUUUAAGGAGUUUAGAGAGCCUAGAUCUUGGCAACAACAAUUUGAAUGGUGAAAUUCCUAAUGAACUAGUUGUACUGAAUUUUUUGGAAACUUUCAAUGUUUCAUACAACAAUUUGUCAGGUAGAGUCCUUGAUAAAGGGCAAUUUGGGACUUUCGAUGAAAAUAGUUACAAAGGUAACCCUGGCCUUUGCAGACCACUCAUUCAUAGGAGCUGCAAUACUGAUGAAACACCACCACCAUCACCAUCUAUUGAUGUAGAAGAGGAAGAUGAUGGUGGUAUUGAUAUGGUGUGUGGUGAGCAGUCUUCUCCUCCAAUUUCAGAAGUGUCAUCUCCUCCUAUAUCUAAACGCUCACAAUGUGAACGUCGUCCACCUGCUUAUUUACAAGAUUAUAAAUUUGGUGAUGAUAAAGAUCUUGACUGUGAUCCAGUAAUGUUUAAGGAAGCAGCUAAUGAUGAUCGUUGGAUCAAAGCAAUGAAUGAAGAGAUUCAUGCCAUUGAAAGGGACAAUACAUAG